AUGAAUAAUUUUUUNUUAGGAGAAUUUAAUGUUUUAAAUGGUUGUUUGACUUGUUAAUCUACAUAAGGGUUUUAUUCUGUUAUAUACAAUGCUACAAAAUGUUCAAUAUUUGAUAAAACCAAAUUUGAAGCCAUUACUUCUAACAAUAUUAAAUUGAAACCUGGAUAUUGGAGACCUCAUCAGGAAUCUGAUUUAGUGAAUGAUUGCUUCAAAAAUAUUGAAUCAUGCAAAGGUGGUUGGGCUGUUGGUGAUGAUAUUUGUAAAAUUGGGCAUAUUGGAGGAUUAUGUGAAGAGUGUGAUAAGCAUAAUACUAGAGGAGAUGGAUAUUAUUUUAAAAAUGAUCAAUUUACUUGUUUAAAUUGUAGCAAUUUUUCUAUUAACAUAUUAUCUUUGGUUCUCAUAACAAUUUGGUAAUAAAUUAAUUCUAAAAUAGGGUCUUUCUAUCAGCUUUUAUAACAUUAACUAGUGUAUAGAAAACUAAUUAACUCUUUGCUUCAUUAAAACUCACUUAAAAUUUUGCUCAUAUCCUGUUUAAGAUGAAUAUAAGUAUUUGUUUAAUAAAUAUUAUUUUUAGAUUAAGAGAGUAUCUUAUUAAAGUUAUUGCUUAAUUAUAUUUGGAUAUUUUCUGUAAUUUUUACUUUUAACAUUCAAUUUUCUUUUUCAUUUAUUUUUGUUAACUAGAUGAGUGAUACAUCAUAUUUCCUUACUCGUAAUUUAGAUUGUGAAAUUUCAUAAUCAUUUGAAACAGAAUUAAUAUACAUAAGAGUAUUAGGAAUGUUUACUCUAAUCAGUUUAUAAAUCUUCAUUAUUUAAUUAACAGUCAACAUUUUUAUUAUGCUUACAAAAGGAAAAUUCAGUAGUAACAUAUCUUCAAUUACAAUAAUUUAUUUAUAUAUAUAAAACUAUGCUGCAUUAAUCAAUUAGUAUGAUUUUAUAAUGAUUUAAGGCUUUUUUCAAUUUUGGCCAAAAGGGAAAUCUCCAGGAUUGAUUACGUUUAAGGAGAUGUAUCUCUCCUAUUUUAGUCACUUAAUCACUAGGCAUGGAUUUAUAAGUUUGCUUUACCACUUUCAUUACUGAUAGGGUUAAUUUUACCAAUAUCAUUACUUUUAUUUUUGUACAAGAAAAGGAAUUUUUUUGAUAAAAUAUAAUUCAGAAGACAUAUUGGUUAUUUAUUUAAUGAAUAUAACACCAAUAGCUCUUUUUGGGAAUGGGUUAAAUUAUGGAAGAAAACCAUCAUUAUAGUCAUUUUGAUAUACUUUGAAACUAAUAUAUUUUUAAAAGGAAUCUUGAUUGCAAUGUGCUUAAUGAUCUAUUAAAUCAUCACAUCAUCAUUUUUGCCUUACAUUUAUCCAAAAUUAAAUAAAUUGGAUUUGAGUUCAGGAUAAUUUUGUUCAAUAGCAAUUUUCUUAGCUGCAGUUUAAUAUAUUUGUGAAUAGUAAGGAGACUAAAUCUUAGCACAAAUUUUGUAAAUUUUAAUAGCCCUUAUUUGCUUUAGAUUUAGUUUUCCAUAUCUUUUUGAUAUUAUCUCUGCUUAUUAUAAAAAAUACAAAGAAAAUUUUUUGACAUACCUCAUAAUUAUAUUAAAAAAAUUAUUUCCUUAAUCAAGUUUAAUCUGGAAAUUUAAUGAUAUUAUAGAUUAAUGGAGAUAAAAGAAUUCUAGGAUAGAUAGAAAUUUCAAAUAAUUGCGAAAGCUUACAAUUUCAAAAAAACGCUAAGAGAAAAAAGAGUAUAUAUUUUAUUUUAUUUAAGGCAAUAACAAAUUUAUACAACAUUAUCCCUUAAUAAAGUCGGGGAGGCCAAAUUAAAACUGUUGAAAUAAUGA